AGAGUCUAGCGGGCGGAAGAACUAAUAAAAAAGAGUGCUACUCUCUACCACGCUGAGGAAGAUACCAAGUGAAGAGUUGUGUGAGAGAGAAAAGCCAUCUGCGCAUCUUAUAUUUUCUAUCCAUCAUGGCUGAAACUGAUUCUUACCUUCAUCUUGCUCGCCCUCUGGGCCCGGUGGCAGUGGGGUCUGCACCGACUACCGCCCCUCUGAAUGUUGUCAUUCAUCCUCAGGCACUCUUCUCGAUCCUUGAUCAUUCCCUUCGUCGCAAUGCCGACCAGGAACGUGUCAUCGGAACCCUGCUAGGAACCAGGUCAGAGGAUGGAACUGAAGUGGAAAUUCGCACGACUUUCGCUGUUGGACACACCGAGACGACGGACCAGGUUGAGGUCGACAUGGAAUACCAAAAGCAAAUGCUUGCAUUGCAUCUCAAGGCAAACCCUAAGGAAGUCCUGGUCGGUUGGUACGCCACUUCGUCCGAGUUGAACACCUUCUCCGCUUUGAUCCAGAACUUCUACAGCGGCCAGGGUGAUGGAACUUUCCCUCACCCCGCCGUCCACUUGACUGUCUCUACCGAACCUGGCAAAGAUGUUGAGACUCGUGCCUACAUUUCUGCUCCUGUUGGUGUGACUGCAGAGAGAGCCGCCGACAGCGCUGCCUUCAUCCCCGUCCCUUACGAGAUCCGCUAUGGUGAGACCGAAAAGAGUGGCCUGGAGUCUAUUGCUGCCGCUCGCGAUUCUGAAAACCGUGCCGCAAACAUCUUUACUGAUAUUGAGGCUCUCGAGCGUGCGAUCGAGGAGGUUCUUGGUAUGAUCGACCGUGUUUCUCGAUAUGUCGAGUCUGUUAUCGAUGAGGAGGCUCCCGCGUCGACAGCAUUAGGCCAGUUCCUUCUCAACGCUCUCGCCUUGGCACCGAAGGUUGAGCCCGCUGAUAUUGAGCGGGAUUUCAACAACCACAUCCAGGACGUACUGGUUGUCUCCUACUUGGCCAACACCAUCCGUACACAGAUGGAACUGUCCAACCGCCUAGCAACCGCUCAGCUCACUCUUGGCGGCGAGUCCGGCCAUGCAGAGUCCGGUCAACGCGGAGGCCAGAGGGGCGGCAAAGGAGGCCGUGGAGGGCAGCAGCGGACUCAAGACCGGGGUGGAGAGGAGGCUCGCGCGUAAAGAGGGAAAAACAAAAUAAAUGACCAUCUAUAAAGACACAGUUCUUUUCUCUUGACAUCUCUUGUCCCAUCCAUUUUUCUUCUCGCAUCUAUUUUCCCACCACUCUGUUUACCCCAAUCUUUCC